UCAAUAGAAAAGUAGCUUUAAAACAAUCUUCAAUCAUUGCUUAUAUUAUUAUCGCUCCAUAAAUCAUUUGAAAUCGAUGGCAAACAAACGACAAUCAGCCUUGUGCGCAUUUCUUGAUGUCGAUUUAUCAAAAUUUGACUCGGCUGAGACCAGCAGUGAUGAAUCGUUUAGAAUUGAGAAUCAUGCUGAAGAGUCUGAUUUUGAAUCAUCCGAAGAAAGUGACGAAAAUAGUGAUGAGGACGAGUCUGACGAAAAAUCCAGCGAUGAAGAACCGGAUCCCAGUGAAAGCAAAGCCGAUGAUGUAAAUCAUGAAAAUCAAGCUAGUACAAGCUCAACGAUACAAAUAAAUAUAACAGAAAAGCUUCUUGAGCCAUCACCAGCAACAGCGAAACUUCUCGCAACCCUCGUUUGCUGUGCAUGUCUCGGUGAUCGAAGUGACGAUUCCAAUGAAAUUGUCGAAUGUGAUGGGUGCAAGAUAACAGUUCAUGAAGGAUGCUACGGCGUAAGUGAGUCAGUGAGCGUAUCAAGCACAGUAUCCUCAUGUUCAACCGAGCCAUGGUUUUGUGAUGCAUGCAAAGCAAACAUUAAGGAUCCAGACUGUGAGCUCUGCCCGAGUCGUGGCGGCAUCUUCAAAGAAACUGAUUGCGGCAAAUGGGUUCACCUGGUGUGUGCUCUCUACGUCCCUGGCGUUGCUUUCGGUGAAGUUGAUCAACUUUCCAUGGUGACUCUCUUUGAAAUGCAGUACAAUAAAUGGGGAGCUAAAAUGUGCAGUCUUUGUGACGAUGAUCGCUUUGCUAGGACCGGCGUUUGUAUUGGUUGUGAUGCUGGAAUGUGUAAAACAUAUUUUCAUGUUACAUGCGCACAAAAGGCAGGAUUUCUAUCAGAAGCUCAUCACGAAGAAGUUGAUCAAGCCGAUCCAUUUUAUGCGCAUUGUAAAGAACAUUCAGAUAAAGCUCUCAUUAAACAUCGUAAACGAAAUUAUAAUGCACUCCUCAUGCAAAUGAAGAAACGACAGACUGAUCUUGAGCAAAGUAAGAAUGAAAAACCGACACCGGAACAAGAAAGAAUCGAAAGAAAGUUAAAGAAGCAUCGAAUUAAAUACACAUCGAAUAAGUUGACUCGUGUUGAGCCUUGGGUUCCAACACAAAAAAUGCCGCGAUUACUCACAACAAGCGCUUCAGCUUGCAAGAAACUCAUGAAAAAGGCUGAACUAAUGGGAAUCGAUGCCACUGCUCUCGAGUUUCAAGAGGCUCAAAUCGCAUCGCUCACCGAUAUUCGUAAGAAAUGGCACAUUCCACCCGCUUUCAGUACAGAAUUUGUUGGAUAUUAUCUCGAUCGUUCCAUUCGAAUGGGAGAAAUGAAAACAAAUCUUACAAAACAAAUGGAAGCAAACAAAUCAUUGCUUUGUCAACAGCAAAUCUUGCGUGUUAAAUACGACGAUUCGAUUAAAGUCAAUCAAGAUGUGAUUGAACAUCAAAAAGAUUUAAUGAGUCAAAUUGAACAGUUGCAUGGUGCGAUUAUUGAAUUAUGUCCAAGUAAACAGUUACCAAGUGUUGAUAGUAUUGGUAAACCACCUCUUGUGACGACACCAACACCAGCAGCAAUAAAAAUGAUUCCAUCACCAUCAGUUCCAACACUUUCAUCAACACCACCACCGCAAUUAAUAACAAGUCGAAUCAUGACAGUGCCAACAGCUGCCGCUCUUAAAAUGGGCGUCGGCUUCCCUCUCAACAGUUUAAGAAAGGACGAUACAGGUAGAAUAUUGAGUACGCAAUGCAUUAGUAAUGACGAGCUAAUGAAUGAGUGUGGAAUUUGUAAGAAGUGUACGGAUCAACAUUUACUUGCAAAAUGUGAUACAUGUCACUUGUAUUAUCAUUUGGGUUGCUUAAAUCCACCUUUAACACGACAUCCGAAACGAUCAAAGCUUUACGCAUGGCAAUGCUCUGAAUGCGAUAAAUCAGAUGAUUCAGGAACGGAGAAUGUUAUCAUUCCAAAAGGACCGCGACGGUCACGUAUAAGAUACAGCAAAGAUGGUCCAAUUAUUCCCGAUCCAUUACGUGAUUCAUUCGGAAGUGAAAAAUCGAUGUCAAUGUCGAGGAAAAGUGACGAAUCUCAUCAUCGAAGAAGUUCAACACAAAUUAAUGGAAGUGAAGUUGAAAAUAUUAAAACAGAAGCUUCAUUUGUCAAUGAAACUGUGCCAACGACGAGUUCAUCAUCACCAAUUGAAACAACGACGGUUGAUGAUGAUGGAAAUUCCAUGAAGAAGCGUGGAAGAAAAGCGAAAAUAAUAAAAAAGAAAAUUCCAAUGGAAAUUCAUGAAAAAGAUCUCAAUAGCUUUACAACAGAACAACAAGAGGAACAGAUUUUGACUGUGGGUCAAGUUGAGACUGUCACAUCGUCUUUGAAAGAUCUUCCUGAACUCGAAAACAAAAUUCAGUUGGAAACAACGACAAUGACGAAGAAAGGCCGCCAACGUCCCAAGAACAAAGAGAAACCAUCAAUAACACAAAUUUCAAAUAAACUUCAGAAAAAGAAAAAGCAACAAAAUGACGAUGAAACCAAACCUGAGGUGACGACGCUUAUUGACAUGGUGGAGAAAGUUUGUCCACUUGAGCCAUUUCGUACAAUUGCUGACAUCCCUAAUAGCAUUCCUUAUCCAGCACCGGUUGUUGAACUUCCAAAGGAAAUCAUCACACCCAACGACAUACAAGUGAAACAAGAGAAUGUUGUCAAUAAUAUUGUGAUGAAUGGUGGAACAUCAACAACGAUGAGUAGCAGUUCAGGUCAUAAACAUAAAAAGCAAAAGAAAAAUAAAAGACAUCGAUCGCAUUCACCAAGUUCUGGUGACCGUCAAUCGAGUUCAAAGAAACAUAAAAGAAAGCAUAAACAUAAGAAUCAUGAUUUAAACGAAGCACCAACGAUGACUGAUAACAAUCAAGAUGAACCUGAAAAGCCGAGAAUUAAGAUAAAAUUCGUCCAAGUUGGUGAUGAUAAGACGUGGUCAUUUGCGAAUGCUGGUGGGAAUGUGAAGCUUGAACGUGAUAGUGCUUUGGAUAUAAGUCUGGUCAAUAAUCAUGAAAGUAAUGAUGUGAAGUCUCAAUUGUCAACGCCAAUUCCAAUGGGAAAUGGUCAUGGAAAAGUCACAAAAAAGCGAAAGAAACCUAAUGAAAGUCAAGGUGAUAAGAAAGCUCGACUUUUACUCAACAUCAGUCCAAACAAAGGAAUCUCAUCACCUGUCAUUGCACCAUCACAUUUUACCGCAUCAGCUUCAUCAACACCGAUAGGAGAAACGACAGCAGUUUCAAAUACGGCGAUAGUUAAUAAAUCUUUGCCAUUGCCAAGUCAAAUUUGUGAUGUUUGUCAAACGCCAGGUUCAAAUCAGGAUUUAGUCAAAUGUGAUGAAUGUCAGAAGAAUUAUCACUUCACAUGUUUAAUUCCACCAUUGAAGAAGACUCCGAAAAAACGUGGCUAUAGUUGGCAUUGUGCUGAUUGUGAUCCAACGGAUCGUGAGAAUAACUGAUUGAAGGUAAAAUCUCGGAAAGAGAAAUCGUUGCUACAAUCAUCAUCAUAACUUUCUGUAAAAAAAAGUUCUUUCGCUUUUAUGCUAUAAAACAAACAUAUUAAUUAAUAAACUUUAAUGCUUUCUAAAACUUAUGUAAAAAGGAUAAUCUUUAAGGCUCCAAGAUGAUCAAAAGCUGAGAAACUUUUAUGUACUUAAGUGCGAUGAGAGCUGCUGACGAGAUCUUUUAAACGGAAAUAAUUGAAAUGGUCAAGGGAAAGUUUCUUUCUUCUUUUUAUUUAGUUUUCCUCCAUUUAUAAUAUUUCAAUGACUUUUCUUUUACGAAUUUGACUUGAGGGAGUUUUUAACAUUAAAUGAAAAUUUUUGGUAUGUAAAAUUCAAAACUUUGAAUUGGAAAAUUUUGAAAAAUUAAAAGACAAGUGACAAUGAAUGAAUUUAACUUGUUCCUGAGUGAAAAUGAAAUUCUCGGCUUAUCAACUUCUUUUUUUACAUAAAUAUUCAAUCGAGAACAAAGUAUUACAUUAACAACAAUUGUUCGUGAAGAAAUUAGUGGUUAAAUAAUGAUUACUGUAAAAACCAAUUUUUUCUGAGGAAUAAAAAUGAAACAUUAAGUGAAAU